AUGGCUUCUUUGACAAACUCAAAUGCCGGCGCCAGUCGACUAGGUCAAGAGAGCGACGAGUUGGAAAUAGACCCUGGGUACGACACCGAGGACUCUGGCCUCGAGCAGGACUCAAUCUUGACUCAGUCAGUUCGGUCGAGUAUAUAUCAAUACAAGGUCGGGAACGGCCGGACAUACCAUACAUAUAAAGAAGGCCAAUAUUUCAUGCCCAACGACUCUGCCGAGCACGAACGCAUGGAAUUACAACACCGGGCAAUGUUUCUUGCUGCUGGCUCCCAGCUCUUCUAUGCGCCUGUCAAGAACCUCCACCAUAUCUUGGACCUGGGCACCGGCGUCGGAACGUGGGCCAUCGACGUCGCCGACGCGCACCCAGAGACUAUCGUGACAGGUGUUGACCUGAGCCCUAUCCAACCCACGGUCGCUCCACCCAAUGUCAAGUGGGAGAUGGACAAUGUCGAGGAUAAGUGGACGUGGCCUCAAACCAUUUCGAUCUCAUAUACGGCCCAUUCAUACUCAGUUGAAGUAUCGCGGAUUUACCAAAGGUCUUCCGGCAGGCUUUCAUGUAACAUCCUACUCAACCUCCGGAGCGACCACGUUCCCAUCAGACCAGACAACCCUGUUGACGAGUGGUGUCGUCUGCUGCGACAAGGCAUCACUGGCAUGGGAAGACACCUUGACCUGGACUUUGAGAAACUAGGAGAAUUGAUGAGAGAGGUUGGAUUCGUUGACGUGGUAGUCAAGCCAUUCAAGAUCCCAAUCGGUCGGUGGCUGUCCGAUCCACGUUUGAAGGAGGCGGGGGUGUAUCAACUAUACGCAAUGUUGGACGGUAUCCAAGCAUUGACUCUUGCCAUAUUUACGCGCUGCUUGGGCUGGGAGCCGGAACAGGUCCAGGUAUUCCUUGCUGAUGUGCGCAAAGAAUUCACGGCGACGAAGCGAUAUACCUAUUGGCCAUGUGCCGUCAUAUAUGGCAAAAAGCCUGUAGCCGUGUCCUCGAUAGGCUCUGCGCUAUGA